AUGCUGCCGUACCUGUUCCCCGAUCUGUCCACCUUUACUACAGUCGCCGAUCUUAUCACCCACCUUCGCACUAGUGAUGCUCGCCUACGUGCCGCCCUUCCCACCGAGUUCUGCGCUAAGAACCCCCCUCCACUGUACUGGACACUCCACUUCAUAGUCACCCGUCUCCCUGACACCCUCCGCUCAGUUCGAGACCACUUCCUUGCUCGCUGUCCCACUGAGCUCACAGUCGCCCUCCUAGAGGAGCAGCUGCUCGCGGCCGAAAAGAGCAUUGUAGCUGUCGGUGCUGCUCGUGGCGCUCCUCGCACCCCCAUCUUUGAGGGGUGUUCUCCCUCUCCCCUCGCUCCCUCCUACGCUGCUGCUGCUGCUGUUGACUUCCUUGGUGCUGAGUCUGUUGGCGCUGCUUCUGCUCCUGGUGGGAGGCGCCGCACCGGCAAGGGCAAAGGGGGCAAGGGUGGUGGUGGCGCUGGGGGGGGAGGAGGUGGGGGAGGUGGGGGGGGAGGCGGUGCUGGAGGGAGCGGUGGCGGGAGCGCUGGUGGGAGUGGGGUCGGUGGUGGAGGCGGGGGCGGCGGAGGAAGCAGUGGCAGUAGUGGCGGCGGCGGCGGUGGCGGCGGCGGUGGCGGUGGCGGCGGCGGUGGCGGCGGUGGCGGUGGUGGCGGUGGUGGCGGUGGCGGUCGGAGCGGUGGUAGUGGUGGCGGCGGAGGUCGGAGUGGAGGCACUGGCUCGGGCCAGAGCUCCCAGCAGCAGCAGCGUCCCCAGACGACCCAGCAGCUUCGUGAGUGGCUUGCUCAGCGUGGGACGUCGGGGGGCAGUGGCCGCUGUUCCUAUGUCAUUCGCACAGGUGACCGCAAGGGACAGACGUGUGGGAGGUUCCACACCCCGUACCGCUGCUUCUCCCGCCUUGACGACGCUUGGCGUGAGGAGAUGGGUGCGGAUGUUGAGCGCCCCCGCUGGGCUGAGCUCAUGAGGGCUGGUGUUGAUGUCUUUGCUCUUGACUAUGAUGCUAUUAUUGCUGCCAUGUAUGCAUUGACUGUUAGUGCCGAGGGAGACUGUUACUUGUGUGUGCCGCCUGACCCAGGUAUAGAGCCCGCUGCCCUGGGUACUAGUGAGUCUGCUCUCUCUGGUAUGGUGCCCCCUGUACUUGCUCCCUCCAGUGCUGUCCCGGCUGGUUUCGAGUCUGCUCUCUCAGGUACAGCACUCACAGAGACUGCUCUCUCAGGUACCGCACCGGCUGAGGCCUGUCACACCUUCACCCUUGACUCAGGUGCUUCCCGUUGCUUCUUUCGUGACAGUACUGAGCUCACACCGCUUCCUGCACCGGUCCCAGUCUCCUUGGCUGACCCCUCUGGGGGCCCAGUCCUUGCCCAGUCCACCACUGUCCUCCCUUGUCCGGCGGUUCCGUCUGGCUCGUUGUCGGGUUUCCACCUCCCCUCGUUCUCGACGAACCUGGUGAGCAACGCUGUCCUCCAGGAUCAGUGGGUUGACACCUUUACCCCUGGAGGACAGCGUGUGGCGAUCUGCACGUGCUCCAGGACCGGCCGUCACCUGGCUACGUUUACCCGUCGGCCGGGGUCGAGUCUCUACACACUGACCACUGCGUCUCCUCAGGUCGCUGCUGUCGGUCAGGUGUCUGCGUCAGGUCUGGUAGCCCACGCCUGUGAGUGUCGUUCCCUGUCGCACCAGACUCUUCUCUGGCACCACCGCCUUCGUGGCAUGCACCGUCGCCACCUUGUGUCUGGUCUUCCCAGGUCCCUCCCUCCCCUCCCUGCCUCGCCUGCGCCGCCUUGCCUUCCUUGCGUCGAGGGGCGGCAGCGCGCCGCUCCUCACUCCUCCUCGUUCUCCCCGACAGAGGCUCCUCUGCAGACCCUCCACCUGGACGUGUGGGGCCCAGCCCGCGUUCGUGGUCAGGGCGGUGAGCGGUACUUUUUGCUGGUUGUCGACGACUACUCGCGUUACACCACGGUCUUCCCCUUGCGCACCAAGGGUGAGGUCCCUGCUGUUCUGAUCCCUUGGAUCCGCACGGUUCGUCUCCAGCUCCGCCGCCGUUUCCGGACGGAUCUUCCUGUCCUGCGUCUGCACUCUGACAGAGGUGGUGAGUUUUCCUCCGAUCUCUUGAGGACCUUCUGUCAGGCGGAGGGCAUCGAGCAGACCUUCACGCUUCCGGACUCCCCACAGCAGAAUGGGGUUGCUGAGCGCCGCAUUGGCCUGGUCAUGGAGGUCGCUCGUACCUCCUUGGUCCACGCGGCGGCUCCCCAUUUUCUGUGGCCGUUUGCUGUCCGGUACGCCGCGCAUCAGCUCAACCUCUGGCCCCGUGUCUCCUUGCCGGAGACGUCGCCCACACUGCGUUGGACGGGGGAGGUUGGCGAUGCGUCGCGCUUCCGGGUGUGGGGUGCUCGUGCCCUUGUCCGCGAUACGUCCGCGGACAAGCUCUCCUCCCGCACGCUUCCCUGUGUCUUCCUUGGCUUUGUCCCUGACGCGCCUGGCUGGCAGUUUUACCACCCCACCUCGCGCCGGGUCUUCGCCUCUCAGGAUGUCACCUUUGACGAGUCGGUCCCUUUUUACCGUCUCUUCCCCUACCGCACUGCCCCCCUCCCUCCCCCGCCACUUUUCCUUGCUCCUGGUCCCCCUCCGGUAGACCCCCUUCCCCCUCAGGGUCCUGCUCCUUCAGGUGUCUCUCAGGUAGACCCUCCUCCCGUCGCUGAGCCUGUCGAGGUCACAGGUGACUCAGGUGCUGCUGCGGGUGGUGCUGCUGGGAGUGCUGAGCCUGGGGGUGCUGAGCCUGGGGGUGCUGGGCCUGGGGGUGCUGGGGCUGCGGGUGCUGGGACUGAGGGUGCUGGAGCUGAGGGUACGGUGCCUGAGAGUACGGAGCCUGGGGGUGCUGAGCCUGGGGGUGCUGACCCUGCGGGUACGGGGCCUGGGAGUGCUGGGACUACGGGUGCUGGAGCUGAGGGUACUGUGCCUGAGAGUUUGCCGCCUGGGGGUGCUGAGCCUGGGGGUGCUGCGACUGGGGGUGCUGAGCCUGCGGGUACUGAGCCUGCGGGUACUGAGCCUGGGGGUGCUGCUACUGAGCCUACGGAGCCUCGGGUUACUGCGUCUGGGGGUGCUCCGGUUCGGGGUGCUGAGCAGUCUCUCACACCGCAGCAGCUUCGUGACUGGUACGUCCGGCGCUUUCGCCGUCCUAGUGGCUCGGCUGGAGUUGGGGGUGCUGGGGCUGCUCGUCCUGGGGGUGCUCGUACUGGGGGUACUGGAGCUGCCGGGACUGGUUGUUCUGGGAGCACUGCGACUGGAGCUGCUGGAGCUGGGGACCCGGACGUUGGAGCUCCUGCUGGUCCUGAGGACCCGGCCGCUGGAGUCUCUUCUGCUUCUGGAGACGCUGCGCGGCCGCGACCGUACUUCGUACCGCUCCUUCAGCAGGUUCUUGGGCAGGCUCCUCCUCCUUGUCCUCCUCCCUCCGUAGAGUGUCCUCCGCCUGUCCAGCCGCAGUCACAGUUAUCGCCUGCCUCGCCUCUCCCUGCUCCCUCUCCUUACGCUGGUCCCACAGGAGGUCUUACAGAGCGUCGUGAGCCUGAGUCUCGUCCUGCAUCGCCUGUUCGUCCUGCUCGCACUGGUAGUCGUGUCCGUCGUGAGCGUCCUCCUCCUGUCCCAGGCACUCACUACAUGACUCUGCGUCCCUCUACUGCUCCUCGGCGUGUCCCUCUACCGUCUCCUCUUUGCCUGCCGUUCCGGACCCUGAGUCUGACCGCCUGUCGUCUAGACUACGCUGCUAGCCUUGUUGCUGAGUCCGAGUCUGCGUCUGUCUGUCCUCCGUCCGUCGGGGGUGAGUGUGCUCUUGGCACGGAUGUCCUUGAGGACAGGCAGGAGGACUUUGACUCUCUUGCGGCUGCUGUACCUCAUCUCGUGGCCUGGUUGCUUGCCCCUGAGGGAGACCCGGAUGCACUAGACAUCCCCACUCCGCGCACUUACGCAGAGGCGAUCUCGGGUCCCUACUCCUCUCAGUGGCAGACAGCCAUGGACGCAGAGAUGGCAUCCUGGAAGUCCACAGGCACCUACGUCGACGAGGUUCCCCCUCCUGGGGCGAACAUCGUCGAUGGCAUGUGGAUUUUCAGGGUGAAGCGGCCGCCAGGUUCUCCGCCUGUCUUCAAGGCUCGUUAUGUUGCUAGAGGCUUCAGUCAGCGUCAGGGGGUCGACUUCUUCCAGACCUUCUCCCCCACCCCGAAGAUGACCACUCUUCGGGUUCUGCUGCACGUUGCUGCUCAGCGUGACUACGAGCUUCACUCUCUUGACUUCAGUACAGCGUUCCUGCAGGGCAGCCUGCACGAGGAGAUCUGGCUGCGCCGCCCACCUGGCUUUACUGGGUCGUUUCCCCCUGGUACCCAGUGGAGUCUCCGCCGGCCAGUCUACGGUCUCCGCCAGGCGCCACGUGAGUGGCACGACACACUGAGGACUACACUUGCGGCUCUUGGGUUCGCGCCGUCUACUGCUGACCCGUCGCUGUUUCUGCGCACAGACACGUCGCUGCCGCCGUUCUACAUCCUCGUGUACGUCGACGACUUGGUCUUUGCUACUGCUGACACUGAGGCACUCGCUCGUGUGAAGUCGGAGCUGCAGAAGAGACACACCUGCACUGACCUGGGUGAACUGCGUAGCUACCUUGGCUUGCAGAUCACCCGGGACAGAGCUCGCCGCACCAUCACCCUGACUCAGUCACACAUGGUGCAGCAGGUCCUUCAGCGCUUCGGCUUCCAGUUCUCCUCACCACAGGCCACACCUCUGGCUACCAGCCACUCACUCUCAGCUCCACCUUCGGACGAGUCCGUAGAGCCGAGUGGCCCGUACCCAGAGCUUGUAGGCUGCCUCAUGUACCUGAUGACGUGCACGCGACCUGACCUCGCGUACCCUCUUAGCAUCCUUGCUCGUUACGUUGCGCCUGGGAGACACAGGCGAGAGCAUUGGGAGGCUGCUAAGAGGGUGCUGCGUUACUUGUGCAGUAUAUCAGGCAUGGGGCUGGUGCUUGGAGGACGCGACAGAGUUGUCCUCACUGGUCACUCGGACGCUUCUUGGGUGGACGACCUGGCUACGCAGCGGUCGUCACAGGGUUACACCUUCAGCCUUGGCUCUGGUUCUGUCUCGUGGCGGUCCACUCGCUCUUCCUCUGUUCUCGGCUCUAGUUGUGAGGCUGAGAUCUACGCCACAGCCAUGGCUGCACAGGAGUUACGCUGGCUCACCUACCUGCUGACUGACUUGGGAGAGCGGCCUAGUUCUCCUCCAGUUCUGUACGGUGACAACAAGGCGGCUCUUGCCUUGUGUCAGGAGCACAGACUGGAGCACAGGACGAAGCACAUUGCUCUUCGCUACUUUCUUGCUCGAGAGCUUCAGCAGCGCGGUCAGCUUCGGCUUGUGUACGUGGACUCGAAGGCCAACACUGCUGAUAUCUUCACCAAGGCGCUCCCGCCUAGUGAUCAUCAGCGGCACUGUACUUCUUUAGGCCUUGUGUCCACGUUUCCUCACUUGCUCACUGCUUGA